CUCUCAUCUGCAGGUAUUUCACUUUUAUUCCGAUGUUUAUUUCCUCUACACAGAAAUCUGCAUUCUUACUUUUUUAAUCCUUAUGUUUACUAUUUAGAGUCUGCCUAUUUUCAUGAACAAAAGCUUUUAUGAGGGGUAUUUGAGUUAAGCUAUUUUGGGUAAAAGUGGGUGGUUUAAUGAGAUUUUUUAAAAUCAUGUACUGUAGUGACUUUAUAAGCAAGACUGUUAAUAUAGGAGGCAAUUUAAUGAAAAUAAUCAAUAAAAAAGACAGAUAUUUUCUUAGCAUGAGAAAAAAAAUCAAAAAGCAUCAGGGGUAAAAACUUUUUAUUUCAUUAUUUUAAAUGAAUAAUCACUUUUUUUUAUUUUUGUUGUAACAAAAGACUUAUCCAUGUUAUUUUUAACACCUGUAGCUAUUUCCUCUUCUCCUUUUGCUUUGGGUUUGAGAGAAAGUGUGUGUCAAAGAAAUUUGAGCGCCGUCAACAUGUUGAUAGUGUCAACAUGAGGGCGCUGUGUUUUAUUUGACAGAAAUAAUGAUGCAGCACUUUUCAUGCUUAUCCCUUUUUCUCCUCUGUAUUAUAUAUUUUCUUUAUCGAUUGUUUAUCAAAAUGUAUCUUUUACCCUCUGCAAGUCAUGGGACUAUGCAUGAAAUGCUGCUGUUGUGCUAAUUCAGGCUUAUUUUAGUAAUUUAGGAACAUUAGUGGUUGUAUUCUGUUUUGAGUGUUAUAUAAAAGGAAAAUGAAGUGUUUUUAACAAUUGUUGGCUCCUUUUCAGCUCUUCAUACUGGUACAAAUAAUGUCUUGCAUCAAAGGACAGAAGAGCAUGCAUGUGGUACGACGGCUGGUUCUCUGGCUUCUACUGACCAACAUCAUGCUUGUGCUGUACUGCUUGACAAACUCAACAAAAGUGAACACAAGGUUAGUGUUAGAAAAAAGAACAUGGCUUUAUUAAGCUGAAUCAGUUUAUUUAUUUGCUUAUUUGUGUGUAUUAUUUGUAGGGAUUCCCAAGAUGACACAUGUCCCCACAGAAUGGGAAAGUCAUCAGAGAGGAAUGUGACGUCUCAAAGCACUCAAUCCCAGUCCAACAAGUGCUCCCCUAAAAGUAACAUUUUGUUCAUGAAGACCCACAAAACUGCGAGCAGCACUGUGCUCAACAUCAUCUUCAGAUUUGGAGAAAAGCACAAACUUAAAUUCGCCUUCCCUGACGGGCGCAAUGACUUCUUCUACCCUUCACCUUUCCUGUGCUCCCAGGUGAAGGACUACAGGCCUGGAGACUGUUUUAAUGUUGUUUGUAACCACAUGCGCUUUAACGUCCAGGAAGUAGCCAAGCUCCUGCCUCCUGACGCCGUGUACAUCACAAUCCUUCGCGACCCGGUGGAUCUCUUUGAGUCGUCGUUCCAUUACUACCACAGAGCAGUUCCUCUCACAUGGAGGAUCAGUGGAGAGAACAAACUGAGAGAGUUUCUGAACAGUCCUAAGACCUAUUACGACCCGGAUGCUUUCAACUCGUUCUAUCUCAAAAAUCUUCUCUUUUUUGACUUUGGCUUUGAUAAUAACCUCGAGGCGGAUGAUCCUCUUGUAACGAAGAAUAUUCAUUACCUAUCAAGACAGUUUGAUUUGGUCCUUAUUGCAGAAUAUUUUGAAGAGUCACUUAUUCUUCUGAAGGAUAAACUGUGUUGGACAAUGGAAGACAUCUUGUAUUUUAAACUCAACGCCCGCAAGAACUCAUCUGUAUCCAAACUGGAUCCUGAGCUGAGAGCCAAAGCUUUAAGGUGGAAUGGAGUUGAUUGGAGACUCUACCAGCACUUUAAUGCUUCCUUCUGGGCCAAAGUUGAGGCGUUUGGGGUGGAAAGAAUGAGACAGGAAGUAAAGGAGCUCAGGAGGAGAAAUGCAGAGAUGAAGGCCAUUUGUAUUGAAAAUGGAGGUGCAGUAGAAGCUCAAAAGAUUCACAACAGGCAUUUCCUUCCUUGGCAGCCAGUUGGAGAGUCAUCCAUCCUGGGGUACAACAUCAAGAAAAAUAUUGACUCCAAAUUUAGGACAAUUUGUGAGAAAAUGCUCACACCUGAAAUACAAUACCUGUCAGAUCUGGGUGUUAACCUGUGGCUUACCAGACUAUGGGGCUGGUUUAAAGAUUCUGUUACAUACAGUAUGACUUGGAUUAAGACAUUUACAAUUUAA